GGGCUCGUUCCGCGCUCUGCUCGCGGCUCCGACACCGCCCGCGGAGCGAGCAGCACCGGCGACGCUGGACAGCUCCACCGCGGGCGCGGAAGGUGACUGCACCGCGCCUCCUCCGGCUGCAGCGUUCCGAGGCGCUCCGCGCAGGGCAGGCUGCUGUCGCGGUUGCUGUUGCUGAGCCCCAGGAUCUCACCCUCUUGUCUUUCCGAAAAAGGGCUUGUCCAAAGAGCUGAGGGGGACUGGCAUAUAUUGUCUUCUUUUGUUGUUGUUGUUGUUCUUUCUCUCUUCUGUGCCCGAGAGCAGUGUGAUCUCUGCAACUAAAUGGAGAAAAAGAGCGAAGAAGAAGGGCAGAAGGGAAAAGGGAUAAAGUUGGUUGACUUGCAGAGAUGUGAAGAUUUUUAGUGUCUCCUACUGCACUUUACACUGGAGCCCUCCAACCUGCCCAGAGGUCGAGGAUGGAGGCAGAACUGCUGUCUGAGCUCACAGCACUGUCCUUUGGGGGCAAUGGGAGCGUCCAGCUGGUGCCAGAAACAACCCUGCUGCCUCCGGCAUGGGGCAUGGCCAUGUUCACCGUCCGCUGUGUGAUCCCUUCGCUUUACCUGCUCAUCAUCACUGUGGGCUUGCUGGGAAACGUCACCCUCAUGAAGAUCUUCAUCUCCAACAGUGCUAUGAGGAGUGUGCCCAACAUCUUCAUCUCCAGCCUGGCUGCUGGUGACCUGCUCCUGCUGGUGACCUGUGUGCCAGUGGAUGCCUCUCGCUACUUCUCUGAGGAGUGGCUCUUUGGGGAGGUGGGCUGCAAGCUCAUCCCUGCCAUCCAGCUCACCUCUGUCGGUGUCUCUGUCUUCACACUGACUGCCCUCAGCGCUGACAGGUACAAAGCAAUUGUAAAGCCCAUGGACAUCCAGACCUCCAGUGCAGUGCUACGGACCUGUGCAAAAGCCAUUGCCAUUUGGAUAAUCUCCAUACUCCUAUCAGUUCCUGAAGCAGUGUUCUCUGAACUGGCCCACAUCAAUGACACAGAUAACGCCACUUUCACAGCAUGCAUACCAUACCCCAUGACGGAUGACAUGCACCCAAAGAUCCAUUCUGUACUGAUUUUUCUAGUGUAUUUCCUUAUCCCUCUUGCCAUUAUUAGUAUCUACUACUAUCAUAUUGCAAAGAGUUUAAUAAGAAGUGCCCAUAAUAUCCCUGGAGAAAACAGUGAGCACUCAAAACGACAGAUGGAAACUCGGAAACGUCUGGCAAAAAUUGUUCUAGUUUUUGUUGGCUUCUUUGCUAUCUGUUGGUUUCCUAACCAUGUGCUAUACAUGUACCGGUCUUUUAAUUACAAUGAGAUUGAUUCAUCAAUAGGGCAUAUGGUUGUUACCUUAGUGGCCCGAGUGCUAAGCUUCUGCAACUCUUGUGUCAAUCCGUUUGCACUGUAUUUGCUCAGUGAGAGUUUCAGAAGACAUUUCAACAACCAGCUUCGCUGCCGGAAGAAACCUCAGCAAGAGAGAUCUGCCAGUUACUUGCGCAACUCUUCUGCCAUUCAGACAACUUCUCUGAAAAGUAAUACCAGGAACACAGUGACUAGUGUGACACAACUGAAUGGGCACAACUUGAAACAAGAAAUGUCAUCAUGAUUUAAUAGGUGUGAUUUUUGACUACAGAACAAAAUUGAACCUUUUCUUUGCA